CCAAAAGUUGUAAUAAUUCACAUAAUUUCAAAAUCUUAUUAUUAAUUAUAAUUAAUUUUUUGAAAAAGAAAAUUCAUAACUACAUACACACCCUGCUACACUCUCAUACUGCAAAAUGUAAUAAUACAAAAACCAGAGAAAAUCUUUUCUCUUCUGUACUCCAAACUCCAAACUCCAAACUCCAAACUUUCUCUGACUUCCUUUCUUUCAUUCAUUACUCUCUGUACACUAAACAAUCCCCAAAAGAUAAAAAUAAAAUAAAAAUUAAUUAUUUUAAUGUCAAGGGUAUUGGAAGAACAUGAUUACAUAGGUUUAUCAGAGGUUCCUUCACAUGAACAAACCUCUGACAAACCCAAAAAUUCAGCUUUUUGUGAUCAGAAAAACAGCAAAAGUCUCAACUUUAAAGCUACUGAACUUAGGCUUGGAUUACCAGGCUCUGAAUCUGAAUCUGAUUCUGAAUUCCCUAAAAGAGUUCUUCUUGCAUAUGAUAAUCAAGAAGUUCAUGAUGAUCAAAAUAAUAAAAAUAAUGAAAAUGGGUUUAAUUUUAAAGUUUGUAAGAUUAACAGUAAUUUAGUUUCUGGGGCUAAAAGGGGUUUUUCUGAUGCCAUGAAUAGAGGUUCAAAUAACUGGGUUUUGUCUGAAAAUGGUGGAUCUCAUUCUACUUCUUUGAAAAAUGGUUGUAACGAUGAUAAGAAUUUGCAGAAUUCCUCUGUUUCUGCUCAGGCUGCUUCUGUUCCUGCUUCUUCCAAGACACAGGUUGUAGGAUGGCCACCAAUCAGAUCAUUUCGGAAGAACUCGAUGGCUAGUAAUGCACAAAAAAACAAUGACAAUAAAGACUCUAAGUCGGAAUCAGAGUGCUUGUUUGUGAAAGUAAGUAUGGAUGGUGCCCCCUACCUACGCAAAAUCAAUCUCGGAACUUAUGGAGGUUAUGUUGAGCUCGCCUCAGCCCUCGAGAAGAUGUUCUGUGGCUUCCGAAUGGGUCAAGCGGAUUUCACUAAGGGUAGAUUGAUUGACAAACUUUGCCAUUCUGAAUUUGUUCUCACCUAUGAAGACAAGGAUGCUGACUGGAUGCUAGUUGGCGAUGUUCCUUGGAACAUGUUUAAGGACACUUGUAGAAGGCUGAGGAUCAUGAAGAGUUCCGAUGCAGUCGGACUAGCAACAAGAGCUAGUGAGGAAUAAGUUCCGACAGAAUUUACAACUAUCUUUCCGCUGGAACAUUCUCGUGUAGCUCGAGAUAAGCCAGUUCACAGACACCGUAUCUUUGAAUUGCGACAAGUAAAAGUCGAAGAAUGUAUGUUAUGUACAGAAGACAACCGAAGCAUGUCAUCUUGAUUGUCUUUGCUGAAUAGUUGAGCUGAGUAGCCCUCGGCAGUUAUGGUACUAGAUUGUUAAAAGUUUGCUUAAAAACUCAUCGUGUAUUAAAGACCCUUUUAUGUUCUCGUUCUAGUUUGUAAACUCCUGACUUUAUGUUUGAAGUAUGUUCUUGUUUAUGACUUUCGAGAUUUA